AUGGACGCAGAGCGUACUCAGGAUCUCACGGAGGAGAAAGGUCUCGUGUUGAGCAGAAGAGCGUCUUUGGAAGCAGUACGAGCAGCACGCAGAGAGGCCGAGUAUGGCUCUGACAAGUACUGGAAGCUGCUGAGGGAUGUGCUGGAAAAAUCAGCAGAUCUGUCUGAACAGGCAUGGAACCUAAGGGAAAGAUUACUAACCCUUCAUCACUACCCCCAGGGGGGUCAGCAUGCUUAUAGACAGAGCGACAGCGCAUUCGUUUAUCACAAGGAGCGUCUAGAUGCGCUGCUUCAGAUGAUCGAUAAGAGACAACUAACACACAGAGCGAGGGAACGGAUGUCACCAUCUCUAGAACCGGACAUCAGCCCCAUCGCACAAAGACUUUUCAUUGAGCGGGUAGUAAACACCAGGAAUGAACCAAAAUGCCCACGCCGGUCGUUUGUGACGGAUAUCAGGGUGGCCUACGGUAAAGCCACGGUCAUGGGACGAUCGACAAGCUGGUGCUGGUGUACAAUAAGGGAUAGACAGGUCCCACCCACCGACCUGAGAGCGGUGGAAAUCUUCCCGCACUCGCUGGGUCAGCAGUGGAUGACCUUCAUUUUUGGGCCAGAAGCAAGGGGGCAACUAUACACUGUUGCUAAUGGCCUCCUGCUGCCACCAAACCUGGCUGAGCAGUUCAAUCAGUAUCGAGUCACGUUAGCACCCACCAACCAUAGGUGGAGCGACAACGGUGAUCCAUGGACCUGGAAACUCGUGAUAGUUGACGGAAAGGGCCUCUGGAACGAGAUCACGGACUGCGGAUUGCGCUAUAGUGAACUUCAUAAUAGAAGUAUACCCUUUCAAGAUGUGGUGCGCCCCAAUGGCAAGUUUUUGUUUUUCCACUACCUAUGUGCGAUGCUGCUUCAGGCACGCCGAGACGCGGAAUAUGGUGCCAUGCUCGAUGAAUCGGGCUUAGAGGACUCCUGGACGGACGAGGGGAGAGUGCACAGUGGCCCCUAUAUCAGGGACACGGUGUUGGGAGGCAUUGUCGAGCAGUUUGAUGAGUUUGGUGUCUCGCAGACCUUCAGAACGAAAAUCAUGGCGCACUCCAGGCCCACGGACGACACGGAGGAGGAGGCCGUGAACGUGCUGGUCGCCAUUGACCCCCAAGCUGAGAUGGCCGAGGACAGUGAGAGUGAGGAGGAGGCGACCGAGUGUGUGGACGAGAUGAUCGAAAAGUUUUAG